UGGAGGUAGAUGACGUCACUGACGUGAGCCUUAUCAGAGUCAGCUCUUUGUUCCAGUUUAGAGCAAGUGGAACAGGUAGGAGGAGGUGAGCUGAGACAUGGAUGGUGAGUGGAAGAGUGUAGCAGUGUCUCUGCUCUGUGCUGCCGGUGUCAGUGUUUUGCUGCUGAAAUGGAGAGAACAACAGAAGGUGAAGAGGAAACUGCAGAGAGCCAGAGAGAAGAGAGAGAAGGAGGUCGGACAGGCAGAGAAAGCCGUCAACCGCUUUAAGACUCAGAACGCUGGUGUUGAUUUGAGCUCCAUCGUGACUCUCUCACUGGCUGAACUGAGUCAGAAGAUCAGAGGAGGAUCUCUACAACCUAACGCUGUGCUCCAUGCCUACAUGGAGAAGGCUCUGGAGGUGAACAGGGAACUGAACUGUAGCACCGCCGUCCUCAUGGAGAGCUUGAAACAAGUGGAAGAAGUCGAGUCCCACAAAGAAGGCCUUCUCUACGGCAUUCCAGUCAGCAUCAAGGACAACGUGGAUAUUAAGGGCUACGACUCUACCUGUGGUGUACUGACUAAGCUUGAUGAUCCUGUCAUUAAGGACAGUGUGGUGGUUUCGGUACUGAAGAAGCAGGGUGCAAUCCCCUUCAUCAAAACUAAUGUCCCUCAGGGUCUCCUCAACUAUGAAUGCAGUAACCCCAUAUACGGGAGGACGGUGAACCCCUGCAACCUCCAGAAGACCUGUGGAGGCUCUUCGGGUGGUGAAGGUGCUCUGAUCGCUGGAGGAGGAUCUAUUCUGGGGCUGGGAACCGACAUCGGAGGAAGCAUCCGCAUCCCAGCAGCCUUCUGUGGCAUCUGCGGCUUAAAACCCACAAACAACAGAUUAAGUUUGCAUGGCAUCAACUCCUGUGCAAAAGGCGGGAAAACGGCCCUGUCAGCUGUUGGUCCCAUGGCCCGUGAUGUGGAGAGUCUGGCUCUGUGUAUGAGAGCUUUACUCUGCACCGACAUGUUCACUCUGGACCCUACGGUUCCUCCGAUACCGUUCAACCAGCAGGUAUACGAGAGCUCGGAGCCCCUGAGGAUCGGUUACUAUGAGAACGACGGGUACUUUCAGCCGUCUCCGAGCAUGAGCAGAGCUCUACGAGAGACCAGAGAGCUCCUGGAACAAGCAGGACACACGCUGGUUGCGUUUAACCCUCCCCGGAUCGUCACCGCUUUCCACGAGUUUGUCCUGAGGGGAAACCUUGCGGACACUGGUGCUACACUCCUACAGCACUUUAAGGAAGGCCCGGUCGAUCAGUGUCUGAAGUAUCAGGUGUCCCUCUGUGCUGUUCCUGUGUUUGUGAAGAAGCUAAUCUCACUGCUCCUCAGACCCAUCUAUCCACGCAUGGCUGCAGCAGUACACAGCAUCUGUGGAGUCAGCAGUGUAGCAGAUCUGUGGAAGCAGCACACAGAGGCUGAGGUUUAUAUCCAGGAGACGUUGUCUCAGUGGGAGAAGCUGGAGCUGGAUGUCCUCCUCUGCCCCAUGCUGGGACCAGCUUAUAACUUCAACUACACCGGAAAACUAAGCAGUGCUCUGACUUACACCGCUUUGUACAACGUGCUCAACUUCCCUGUUGGAGUCGUUCCUGUCACCGUGGUCACGGAUGAGGAUGAAGAAGAGCUAAAACACUACACUGGGAACUACGGAGACGUCUGGGACAAGACCUUUAUCAAGGCCAUACGAGGCGGUGUGGGUCUGCCGGUAGCGGUGCAGUGUGUGGCUCGACCCUGGCAGGAAGAGAUGUGUUUACGGCUUAUGAGAGAAGUGGAAAAGCUCUGUGCGGAGAACAAGCACUCAAAAACACACCACUAAGGGUCUUAGUCUAGGGCCUGUUCUCAGCUUGGCAGAACAGCUUAACCCAUGACCCACCACCAACAGUGUAUGUGUAGACAACCUUGUGGUGUUAUCUGUGAAGCUACAGUAUAUCUGCUUUACUUGUUAAAAAUUAAUAAAAACUGGCACUUGCAUAAACUAAAGUUUUUUUUUUUUUACAAAAAAAAUAAAUAAAUCAUAACGUUUA